AUGAUUACGGAAGAGGAGGUCGACAAAAUCGUUGCAAAGCUGGAAAAGGCCGGGAUCGAGACAGAGUAUGACACCGCCGCCAUCGAGAGUUAUGCUGUCUUCAAGAAACUGCGGAAUGAGGGUGUGAUACCAUGGGGCGUGAGGUUUCAAGUCGGUCUUCCUACUGCCGGGAACGUCGUACCGGUGUUUAUCGAGAAAGCCUUCCAGGCCAAGGUCUGGCCGCUCUACGAGCAAGCUCUUUUCCGCGCCAUGCGUAACAUUCAAGACAAGAUUCCACACCACGACUUGGCAAUCCAGCUCGACCUCGCACUCGAAUCGGCGUUCUGGGAAGGCCAAUUCCUUAGGCCAGCGUUCGCUGACACGCAUAAUGUCAAGGACUUUGUGUCCGAUUACAUCCUUCGCAUGAUCGAGCAAAUCGACCAAGACGUUGAGCUAGGCAUCCACAACUGCUACGGCGACAUUGAGCACAAGCACUUCUUCGAGCCCAAGUCUUUACAAGCCGUCGUUGAUCGUGGUCUGGUGCUUUUUGAACGCUCGUCACACCCAAUCAAUUUCUUCCACGCGCCGGUGCCGGUCAGUGCCAUGGGCUUUCUGGACGAGUAUUUCGCACCUCUGAAACAGAUCCUGCCGAAUUUGAAAGAACAUGCGACAGAAUUGUAUCUCGGAGUCGUGCAGUAUGACGAUCUGGAAGGCACGAAAAAGCGCAUUGAAGCUGCGAGCAGGGUUGUGCCGGAGUUUGGGGUUGCGACUGAGUGUGGGUGGGGGAGGACCCCGGUGGAGCAGCUUGAUGGGAUUAUGAAGUUGACGAGCCAGGUGUGUGGUCCUGUGGUGUAA